AUCUGUGGACUGCAGAACCCAAGACGGACUCUGGGAGGGCUGAGGAGCCAUCAUGAUCCCUAAGCUGCUUUCCCUCCUCUGUUUCAGACUGUGCGUGGGCCAAGGAGACCCAAGGGGAGAUGGGUCACUGCCCAAGCCGUCCCUCAGUGCCUGGCCCAGCUCGGUGGUCCCUGCCAACAGCAAUGUGACACUGCGAUGUUGGACUCCUGCCAGAGGUGUGAGCUUUGUUCUCAGGAAGGGAGGAAUUAUUCUGGAGUCCCCGAAGCCCCUUGAUUCUACACAGGGCGCGGCCGAAUUUCACCUCAAUAAUCUAAAAGUCAGAAAUGCUGGAGAGUACACCUGUGAAUACUACAGAAAAGCGUCCCCCCACAUCCUUUCACAGCGCAGCGACGUCCUUCUACUGUUGGUGACAGGACAUUUAUCUAAACCUUUCCUCCAAACCUACCAAAGGGGUACAGUGACCGCAGGUGGAAGGGUGACUCUGCAGUGCCAGAAGCAAGACCAAUUGUUUGUGCCUAUCAUGUUUGCUCUACUGAAGGCAGGGACGUCAUCGCCCAUCCAGCGGCGGAGUCCAGCAGGGAACGAGAUAGACUUCUCUCUGGAGGACGUGACAGCCGGCGAUGCUGGGAACUACAGCUGCAUGUACUACCAGACAAAGUCUCCCUUCUGGGCCUCAGAACCCAGUGAUCAGCUUGAGAUGUUGGUGACAGUUCCCCCAGAUACCACAUCGAGCAACUACACCCUGGGUAACUUCAUACGACUGGGUCUGGCUGCCAUAAUUGUGGUUAUCAUGGGAGCUUUCCUGGUGGAGGCCUGGUACAGCUGGAAGGUGUCUCCAGGUGGAUCUUCAGAGGCCUUCAAACCAGAGUGACUCCAUCUUGAACUGGGGCCGGGUAAACUGAGGCUGCAACCUGCUGGACUGCAUUCCCAGGGGGUUAAGGCUUUCUAAGUCACACGAUGAGACGGGUCACAACACACAGGUCACAAAGACCCAAAGACACAAAGAUGCAAUAAAGAAGCCAGCCAAAACCUGCCAAAUCCAAGAUGGCAACAGAAGUGACUUCUGGUCAUCCUCACUGCACAUUAUUUGCUAAUUAUAAUGCAUUUGCAUGCUAAAAGACACUCCCACUGGCACCAAGACAACUUACAGAUGCCAUGGCAACUUCCAGAAGCUAAACGAGGGAGGAACUCUCAGUUCCAGGAAAAUCCCCUCCCCUUUCCUGGAAAACUCAUGAACAGUCCACCCCUUGUUCAGCAUACGAUCAAGAAAUAACCAU